GCCAACACACCCAACAAAGCAGGCCGCUCUGAAUGUGAAAGCUAAUGAAAUCAUUCUACAGCUGGGGGUUUAGCGAGACAAUGGCUCUGGGAAUCAGCUGACCUUCGUUUUCAUUGAGCUUUUAUCCAGCAUUCUCCCUUUGUCUCAAGCUUUACCUGUUUUGUAAAUAGUUUUGGCACCAUUCUGCUGAGGCGCGGUAUAAAUUCUGCCGCUCGGCCCCGGCCCCUGCACUGGCUCAAGCGGGUACUGGUAUAACUGGCUCUCAGUUUCACAAUGGCGUCAGACCAUCAGAUGCCAGCCUCUAAGCAACAGCAAGCCAGCUCCAAGAUUGUCGUCUUUGAGCAAGAGAAUUUCCAAGGUCGCUGCCAUGAACUUAACGCAGCUUGUUCCAAUUUGAAGGAGGCCGGAAUGGAGAAAGUUGGCUCCAUCCUAGUACACUCUGGACCCUGGGUUGGCUACGAACAGGCAAACUGCAAAGGGGAGCAGUUUGUGUUUGAAAAGGGCGAGUAUCCCCGCUGGGAUUCCUGGACCAACAGCCGGAGGAGCGACACCAUUGGCGCCCUGAGACCCAUCAAAGUGGACAGCCAGGAACACAAGAUCGUCCUCUAUGAAAACCCCAGCUUCACCGGCAAGAAGAUUGAGAUCAUAGAUGACGAUGUGCCCAGCUUCCAUGCUCAUGGCUACCAGGAAAAAGUGUCAUCUGUGCGCGUGCAAAGUGGCACCUGGGUUGGAUACCAGUACCCCGGUUACAGAGGCUACCAGUACCUGUUUGAAAAGGGGGACUAUAAGGACAGCUCAGAGUUUGGUGCCCAGCACCCCCAGAUUCAAUCCGUCAGGCGCAUCCGGGAUAUGCAGUGGCAUCAGCGAGGGGCCUUUCACCCCACCAACUGAAGCCCCCCACCCCCCGAGUGCCCGGAGAAGAAGGAAACCAGAACCAGUUUUAUGUGACCUGCUGCUGUUUCCCGAUGGCCUCGCUCCCCAACAUGCCACUGCGUGAUGAAUGCUG